GCGGAGUUGUCUAACUUCACGGUUCUUAUCUGAAAAUGAACAGUUGUUGAUAUUAAUACUCUAACUUUGCAUCUGUUCUGACUGACAGUAGUCCCAGCAUUUACCUGAAAUAAAAUGUAUUCCAAGGGGACCACCAAAUCCAAUGCGAAAACGUUCCUUUUCACGUCUGAAUCUGUGGGAGAGGGACACUCUGAUAAAAUGUGCGACCAAAUCAGUGAUGCCGUUCUGGAUGCAUAUCUGUCUCAGGACCCUGACUCAAAAGUAGCAUGUGAGUGCGUGGCAAAGACGGGCAUGAUCCUUCUGUGUGGAGAGGUGACAUCAAAAGCAGUGGUUGAUAUUCCGGCGGUGGUCAGGGAGACCAUUAAGAAAAUUGGAUAUGAUUGCUCUGCCAAAGGCUUUGAUUAUAAGACCUGCAAUGUUCUUUUGGCCUUACAACCGCAGUGUCCUGAAAUAACUGACUGUGUUUUUGAGGGCAGAAAUGAAGAGGAUACUGCAGCUGGUGAUCAAGGUGUAAUGUUUGGCUAUGCAACAGAUGAAACAGAGGAGUGCAUGCCAUUGACCAUUCUCUUGGCUCAUCAACUCAAUGCUAAAAUGAGAGCGCUAUCCAAAACUGAGUGUCCCUGGAUUAUGCCUGACUCAAAAACACAGGUUACUGUGGAAUAUCGUGACAACAUGGGUUCCAUGGAACCCCUCCGUGUUCACACCGUGGUCAUCUCAGUCAACCACACCCCCGACAUCACUGUGCACGACAUCAGACAGCAGCUUCUGGAGAAGGUUGUUAAAGCAGUGAUUCCCGCCAGCUACCUCGAUGACAAGACCAUCUAUCACCUUUUGCCUAGUGGGAAAUUUCUGGAUGGUGGACCACAGGCUGAUGCUGGCCUCACAGGUAGAAAGAUAAUUGUGGACACAUACGGUGGAUGGGGGGCUCACGGAGGGGGGGCCUUCUCUGGUAAAGACUGCUCCAAAGUGGACCGCUCCGGGGCCUACGCCGCCCGCUGGGUAGCCAAGUCUCUGGUGAAAGCCAAGCUGUGCAAGCGGGUCUUAGUACAGGUGAGACUUCGGUGGGUACAGGAGUGUCCCACUUGUGGUGUCUUAUAAAGACCUUGGGAACUC